CAAACGGGAACACGCCCCCGAACAGAGGCACAACAAAAAUGGGGUUGUGAUCAAGUAGCAAGUUAGCUUUCUAGAAACGUUCAUUUAAUGUUUUCUUGUGUUAAGCUGUUUAUCAGGGCGACUGUUCGACUGAUUUUAAGUGGCGUGAUGUAAUAAUCCUAAAGUCGGAGGUAUUUUAUGUUUUAGAGUAGUCGUAAGAAGCUCUCGAACGGGUAAACAACCCGGUGUCUUGGCUACGACAAAGACAACAAGGCUUAGUGACUAGCUAGCUGCAACAGCAUCUGCUGUGUUUCCACUGUCUGUGCGCUUUCUAGCUCGUUAACGACCAAAGAGGGGACUCGGAGCGACAUGGAGAAGGAAGAUUUCCUGAAGGGACUACCUGUGUACAACAAGACUAACUUCAGCAGGUUCCAUGCGGACUCUGUAUGUAAAGCUUCAAACCGUCGACCAUCUGUGUACCUUCCAACCCGGGAAUAUCCAUCAGAGCAGAUCAUAGUCACAGAGAAGACAAACAUCCUACUGCGGUAUCUCCACCAACAGUGGGACAAAAAGAAUGCAGCCAAAAAGCGAGAGCAAGAACAAACAGAUGGGGAGAACACGGCGCCGCCGAGAAAAAUUGCCAGAACAGACUGCCGGGAGCUGAAUGAGGAUUCAUAAAUGUCUGUGCUGUUGAUGCACACCCAGCAGAGACUGAGCUGUACAAAGAGAGUGCUCACACAGAUGCAGGAAAUAUGUUUUCAAACCCAGGCCUGAAAACUGAAGCACACAAGGAGCGACACAUUACAGACCACAACCGGCAUGACAUUAAUAAAACACUGCUCUUGAUGUUUGCUUUUCGCUUCAGAUUUCCUACUUUAAAAAAAGAAAGUCCCAUCACAUUAUGUGAUACUUUCCCCCAGUAUUUGAUCUGAACUCCCAGAAAACCCUCUGCCUCAUAUUUGGUCACUGUAGUUUAAACAACAGGCAUCUACCUCCUUAUCCCUCUCCUUUCUUGUGUUCCCUCACAUCGGCUCACACAGGUUUCUUUGAAAUAUGCAAGAAGUAAAUUUGUUGCCUCUGCUGCUCUGUCAGGGUUUACAGCGGUCGUUGUUCAUAUCAUGUUAGAGAUAUGCAUGUUUUACGUAAAGUCUGUGUAUAUGUUCAAGUGACAUUAAGUGUGUGGCUCCUACUCUUUUAGAAAGUUUUAUUUUUGAAACAUUUAAAGACGGUGACCCUUAAAUGUAUUUUAGUUCAUCUUUCGUGUUCUUACUGUUCUAACAGGAACUGAAAAGACAACUUCUUGUUUUUAAAAUAGAAGUAUCAAAUCAGGGUUUGUAAUGGACUGGAAGGAAAGAAAUGUUUUGAUUUAUUGCCUUAAAUGGAAACAAGCGAGGUUUCACCGUGUCUCAGAUUCACCUCUGUGUUUACAGGUGAGAAAGGGAACCACUGUCGAGCUGAACAGUUUCUAGCAUGUCUCUUCAUCUGGACUUGUUCAAGCCAACACAGUCGCGUACCUGAGGAUGCACAUUUUGUUUUGUACAGUUUCAUUUUGUAGCCAUAUCUUCAGUUUGAUGCUUAGUAGAUUCAAAUCAUAAUGUAAUGUGCUUAUAACUUUAUAGAAACAGUCGUGGUAUUAUGGAAGAGGUGAUGACUACAGGUAAUUCACUGGACUGAUGUAUAAAUGUGCCAUUACUCAUUCUUAAAUCAUUAUCAUUUAUCAACUAUCAUUUGAGUCGCAUUCAGCGAUAAUUUUUGGCUUUGACGGCGGGGCUUAAUAAACACUUUGUGUGUGCUGGUCAUAGAAGUUGUGAAGCUCAUUGAAAGACUCCCCAAAUCUUUUGUUGUACAGCAUGCAUGUUGUAAUUGUUUUGACCCUUUAAUCAGGUAACAAGAGAACAAAUCAGAAUUUUCUUUCCCUAUUGCCAGUCACAUGUUUUAUUCAUUUUGCUCAGGAAUGGAUUCUUUUACACUUAAGGAAGUCAAAACAAGUGAUGAUGAAAAACACUUCUCACACUCUCAUAAACAUCACUUGUCAAAUGUCUGUGUGAGACUAUUGAUGUAUAUUCUUACUUUCAUCACAAAUCGUUGCUCAAAGGUUAGACUUCAAACCACAAACAUGCAGUGUUUCAUGUUCUAAGAUCUUCAUAGAAUAGUGUGUGAAUGUGUCAUAUGGUUUGUACUCCAUCACCUGUUCAAUGCUUUGCUUUGAGUUGAUUGUAUGUAACUAUAUUGUUGAUUUCAGAAGUUGUUCUUGUAUAGAUUGCACUGUGACAUACAGUAAAGGCUGUAACUCAGUAUAUAA